GAAAUUCUGCAUGAGUAUAAAGAUAGUGGCUAUAGAAGUGACAACGGUUGGAACACUGAAGGGUGGAACAAGAUGGUGAAGGAGUUCCAUCUGAGAAACAAGUCUAUCUCGUACACAAAGGCACAAAUUCAAGAUAAAGAAUGUCAGCUUAAGAGAGACUGCAAGAUGCUCAAAGCGGCAAGAAUGCAAAGUGGGUCAAAAUGGAAUGAACAAAGAAAUAUGGUUGAAGGAUCAGCAGCAAUGUGGGAGAACCUCAUGGUGACUUUCCCCAAAAUCAAGAAGUUUCAAAACAACAAGGCAAGCUUUCCACUCUUUGAUGCUUUGGGAGAACUCUAUGAUGGUCAUCUGGCUGAAGGGACAUACAAUUUCACUUCUAUUGAGUCACAACGUGUGGAAGAGCCCCUUCAACAAAUUGAUGUUGUAGAGGAAGAAGCUGAGGAAGAAGCUCUACAGGAAAUUCAUGAGAUACGUGAUGAAGAGGAUGAAGAAAAGGAUGCAAGAUAUAAAGAAGAGGAGGCAAGAAGUGGACAACGAAGAAUGGCUGCAUCAAGAAAGAAACCAGAAAAGGAAGGACAAAGGUCUAGAAAGAGUGCAAAAAUUGAAGCUAUGAUGGAGAGAUUCCUUGAAAUGAGGACAAAGCAAGCAGAAGAUGAAGCUCAACAACUAGCAAGAGAAAAUGAGAUAAAAGAAAAGGAGGCAAGAGAUAAGGAGGCUGCUAAAGGUGAUGAAUACUCCAUCAAAAGGUGCAUAUCGAUUAUCAACACAAUGGAAGUGACCAAACAGGAAAAGGCCAAAGCUUAUGCAAUCUUCACCAAGAGCAAAGAAAACAGAGAGACUUUUAUUUGUGCUAGUGAAGAAGAUGAAGAAUCCGCUUUGAUUUGGCUUAGGAAUGAGAUGGCCUAG